AGGCUGUCUGAUCCAGGCUGUGUAGUAGCUACUAACAGAAUAGGAGACCUGACAGGUGAUGGUCAGACGCUGACCCGGCUGUAGGUUCACAGAGGGAGGCUGGGUGAGCUGCUCACACUGGACCCCUGUGGAGGAAACAUGUUGGUUAUGGAGUCAGAAUAUCAGAGAGACUGUUGUUUCUCAAAGAGACUCACAGGAUCCAGCUGUAAACAGCAGCAGCAGAGCAACAGAGAACAUGGUGAAGGUGAUCUGAUGAGAGCUUCUGCUGCCUCCACAACAUGACCCCCACCUUUUAUAGCAGCUUCAUUUGCAUAAAGAGAGACAGCAGCAAUUGAUUGAUAAAGAAUUAGAUUGGACUUGGGUUGUUUUAUUUAUUUUCUAAAAUAAGCAUUUAGACCGACAUAUCACGUUAAACAUGUUUGUUUUCUCAUAUCAUAUUAUACUCUACAGGCCUUGUCCUCAUGUUCAUAUUCUGAAACCACAUUUUUCAAAUACAGUCAUGUGAUCUACCUUAAACCAAACAUCACCUCUGUGUAGCUCUUUUGAGUGCUUUUUGCUGAGUCAUGAAACAUCACUGACAGGAAUAUUUGGCCCAGGAGUUGUAACCUGCCCUAGAAACCAAGUGGAGAACUGAGCAUUGGCCACUCCAAUUCAAAACCUUGUCAUUUCUUUCACGACCUUUUUUAACCCCAGUGUGCCCUUUAAGAGUACUUCCCUUUUUUUGUCAGAAAUGACCGUUAUGGCUGUGUUUACCGUUAACGCCAGGAAGCCAUAACCACAACCACAGCUGGUUUUCAGUAUCGGUCCGAGUCUUUCUCAAUGUCUGUGCUUGGGUCGGAGUUCAAGUGUUCUGUGGUGAUGGAAGUUCAUUUUACGAUAACUGGGACCUUUUGAUCUGACAUGACGUGAUGUUGAAUAAGCAUGUCAUCCAUCCACGUUCUUCUGCUGGGGCGACAUUGUGGGGGCAGCAGUUGAUUCCCAGAGGCCCCUUUUUUAGUGAUAUACGGUCUUCAGCACACCCUGGGUUUGCCCCUGGGACUCCUUCAAGUGGGAAAACUUGCUUCUUGACCUUGAUCUCCCUGAUCAACCUCUAGAGAAUCAUUGAUUCAUACGUCUGCAGUGACGAGAUUCUUUGAAUCAGCCGGUCAGUCAACUACAAGUAUGAUAAUGAAAACCAUGAGACCUAAGUCUUUAGUUGCAGAAUUAUUGUUCCGUUACUCAACACAUUCAUUUCGAUGCGCUUAUUGUGAGCAGAACAAUAUUCACUGUGAAAUCCGACCUGUUUUCCUUAUCCCUCCGUAUGUGACACAGAUUCUUAAUUUAGACUUAAUCUGACUCUGUCAGUCCACUUCCUGCACAUGUGUUGUGUACAUUAGAUAAAUGCUGUUAUGUAAUUUAAGUGCAUGAUGCUAUUGAUUCCACAUGAUGCUCAUUUUUCAGCAGGCAUUUUCAUUAAUUCUCUCCGACUUGAGUCUGCAAAAGUGAUUGCUUUGCUCAGUCUCACACUGACUGUACAUGGUCUAGCAUGCGACGGCGACGUACAGCAUUCGCUACGCUCUUAUAUAACCACAUAUAGUCUCCGUUACGGAAACAUAGAGUAGAACGACUCUUAAAAGUGCUCCAUAAUCUCACCACUGGCACGCUCAGAUUAAGGAGUGCAUCGGCGGUGACGCCUUUGUUACAGAAUAUUAGAAAACAAUUGUCAUUUGAGAACUUCCUCAAAAACUUCUGUCUCGUCAGUUAAUGAUUUUCUUUUUUUUUUUAAUUGAUUUAUAAAAAUGCAGUUUCUAAACCCAGAAAUUAAAUGAAACAGCUGUGAAUUUUGGUUUUAAAUAAAAAGAAAAAUCAUGUUGACAUGAAUGUUAGUCUCUAUAUAUGUGCAGCAUUAAGCCCAUCUUCCUUUUCCACACCAAAGCUGGAGAGAUAAUCCAGGACGGACCUCAUCCCUCCUCUCUGGCAGAUCAGCGCUGGUCACUUACUACACACACACAAACACACACAUGCUCCUCUUGACACGGGCACAAAACUAACCCACGAGAUUAAAAUACUUUAUUUGGGGAGAUUUGGGUGAAGAAUAAAUUCAGAAUCAGACUGUCAUGAGUUUGAAGCAAGCCUGCAUCUUUCUCCGAGGAGGAACCAGGAGACCAGCAAGAACGUUAACAGAAGACGAGAUAGACGAGUUGCGUGAAGCGUUUGUAGAGUUUGACAAGGACAAAGAUGGAUUCAUCAGCUGUAAAGAUUUGGGGAACCUGAUGAGGACGAUGGGCUACAUGCCCACUGAGAUGGAACUGAUAGAACUCAGCCAGAACAUCAACAUGAACUUGGGUGGACGGGUAGACUUUGAGGAUUUCGUCGACCUCAUGACCCCCAAACUUCUGGCUGAGACGGCUGGAAUGAUCGGCCUGAAGGAACUGAAAGAAGCGUUCAGAGAGUUCGAUAUCGAUGGCGACGGCUCCAUCACGUCCGAUGAGCUGCGACAGGCCAUGAUGAAGCUGUUGGGACAGCAAACCAACCAGAGCGAAAUCGAAGCCGUCGUCAAAGAAGCCGACGACAACGGUGACGGAACGGUGGACUUUGAAGAGUUUGUCAAAAUGAUGUCAAUGAAAUGAAGACUGGACGAACCCACUGGGGUCUUAUUUGAUUUGUUCGGGAUGUUUUCAUCCUUUUAUCCUUGUGACUUUGAGCACUCCUACAACAGGCCAGUUGCCCCCUUCACUCCACACUUGAGUAACAAUAGAUGCAGUUUUAUCAUUUCAUCUUGAAGCUACAGUGAUUUAGCCGGUUUGUAGUGGAACCUCGUGUUAUUUUAGGGACUAUUUAUGAACACUUUCUUGUGUAUAUAUAUAUAUAUAUAUGUAUAUAAUGAUGUACAGCACUGAAGUUCUUACAUGAGCACGACACUCAGCACAACAACAUCUCUGACACCAGGAAUGUAACCAACCGAGCGGAUCUUUCAACCCGACAUCAUGUCGCGGCAACACCACCGCAGCUUCUAAGUCUGAGGCCGUGGUUCUCUGCUCUACUCCUCCCUUUCCCCCAUUUACCUGUAAUGGAUCAAACGUCUUUGCAGCAACUCCUUGUUCCCGCAGUGCCAGAACCCAAUUGAGCAGCUGUUUUGUGCAGUCCAGAUUAAAUCUCUUGACUUUUAAAA